AUGACUUUGGAUCAAGACAAUGAGAUAAGACAAUUUGUGAUUGAAGAAUACUUUAAUAAAGAACUUCAUUUCGUACUAGCACCUACUCAGAGACCAUAUUUUUAUUCCUCACUGCUUUCAGAAAUAUUUAGGGAUUUUAUUGUAUUUCGAUCAUAUUUUCAAAUCAAACAAUUUUUGGAUGAGAAUCCUGAUCUAAGACCAAAAAAGGUGUUGAUUGUAAGUGGUGGUGGUGAUUUCGGGUCCAUGAAGGCUUUAUUGGGAGAAUUUGAGGAAUGGUUUAAGAAUGGCAGUGUUGGGGCAAUAGAGAUAACAUUGGAGAAUUAUGAUAUGAGCUCAACUGAUUUUAAUUAUUUAUUGGGAUUUAACAAUUUAUCAAGAAUUCAUUUCUCAAAUAAUCCAUUGAUAAAUAUGAAGCGGGGGUUAAUAUUAAAUGAGAAAUUGGCUAACCAUCCUAAUCUUGAAAAUAUUGUAUUUUUGAAGCAUGAGAUUUCUGAAUGGAAAGGAGUGAUGUUGCCAAAAAAAUUGCGAUGUUUAGAUAUAGCAUGGAAUCCUCAAACUGAUUUAUCGACAUUGAUUAUUCCAGAUACGGUAAAAGAACUUUAUUUCAAUCAAUGCAAUAUUAAUGAUUCAGGUAGAGUUAUGAAAAGUUUACCGGCAUUGAAUUUGUCAGUGCUUAUGCUAGCGCACAAUUUUUUCCUGACUUUAGAACUCUCUUAUCUACCACGAACUCUAAUGGCAUUGGACCUAACUUAUAAUAGUAUAAGCUGUAUUGAGGAUCAGACAGGAAAUGGCUGGCCACCUAUGCUAGAGAAUAUUUCAUUAGCUAAUAAUAUGCUUGACGAUUUAGCAUUGGAUGGAAUGCUUGCCAACCAAAUAUACUGGCCUCAGCGGUUAGAGAUAUUAACCGUUGAAGGAAAUAAGAUCAAGACUUUUUCGAAAUUGGGUGAAUUACCAGAAAGUUUAGAGAUACUAGAUUUAUCGCAAAAUAAUGCAGCUUCGUUUUUACAAGAAAAUAAUGGCGAAGUUGCCCUGGAAGGCUAUUUUAAGUUUCCUAGUAAGCUUCGUAUUCUAGGAUUAGAAUGCUGCAGCGGUCUCAACCAGGUGAACAAUCUAGAAAACCUUAGAAAAUAUGGCCGCAUUAGAUUCCCCGAGGGUUUGACUGAGUUGAAUUUAUCAGAAUGUAAUCUUAGUAGUUUGCAUGGGAUACAGUUUCCCAAUUCAUUGAAGAGUCUUGCAUUAUCUGGGAAUCGACUACGGGAGCUUUGUUCAUAUAAUUCACCUGGAGUUAAUUGGACUCAAUUGGUAAAUUUGUCAGAGUUGGAGCUAUUUUCUAAUGGUAUUUCCGGCUUGGAGGAAUGGGAACCUCCAAUUAAACUAACGCGAUUAGACUUGAGAGAGAACUGUCUUGAAUCAAUAUCUUCGAAAUUUCCAUUGUUUGAUAGGUUUUACAAUGCUAAAAUGACACGAUUUACCCAUUUAGAUCUUGGAUAUUGUUGGAUUGAAUCUUUUGAUCCGAAUGUUCGCUUACCUCCUAAUUUGAUCUAUUUGAGUCUUUGUAAUAAUUCAUUCAAGGGACCUAUUUUUAUUCCUGAUGCAUUUAAAGCCGUUCAAACAUUGGAUCUCUCAGAAAAUGAAAUUACCCUGAUCCAGAUUAUAGAUACUGAUGAUGGAGAUAUUAGUAAUAGAUUGAAUAGUUUAGAUCUAUCAAACAAUAGGUUAUUAAAGAAUCAUCGAAAAAACAUGAAAUUUGCAAAUGAAUUUUAUGAUAGGUUAGAGCAAAUGCUAGGAUUAAAAGUUAAGACUAGAAGGUUCAAUGUGAAUUCCCUCCUUCAAUUGGAAUAA